UGGAAAGAACAAAACAGCCAGAAACAGAGAGGAAAGAGAGAGAGAGAGAGAGAGAGAGAGAGAGAGAGAGAGAGAGAGAGAAGACGAAGUGGAAGAAGAAGACGAAGAAGAAGAAGAAGAAGAAACAGAGAAACGCAGUCGUUUUCGGAUCGAAAUUUCCGAUUCCCUCCGUUAUCUCCUUUCUUCGAGAUUCGUUCACGCGCAAAAGCGUCGUAUACGGUCAGUCUUCGUAUCUGUCGAUACUCGAUUACACCAUCAGUCGUCAAUUUUUUCUUUGUUGAUAGCAAGAACUUGAACGCAAGCGGAAUAAGAUGUCCAUCAACAUGAAAACCCUCACGCAAGCACUGGCCAAGACGGCUGCAGUUAUAGAGAAGACCGUGCAGACCACCGUGCAGGAGGUCACCGGACCCAAACCCUUGCAGGAUUACGAGAUCCUCGAUCAGAUCGGCUCAGCCGGUCCCGGUCUCGCUUGGAAGUUGUACUCGGCCAAGGCGCGUGACUCCACGCGUCCUCAGCAGUAUCCCACGGUCUGCGUGUGGGUGCUGGAUAAAAGGGCUCUGUCGGAGGCACGCGCUCGUGCUGGGCUUUCAAAGGCCGCGGAGGACUCAUUUCUAGAUAUAAUUCGGGCUGAUGCCGGGAGGCUGGUAAGACUGAGACAUCCUGGGGUGGUACACGUGGUGCAGGCGCUUGAUGAGAACAAGAAUGCCAUGGCGAUGGUCACGGAACCACUUUUCGCCUCGGUGGCUAAUGCGCUUGGGAAUGUUGAAAAUGUGGCUAAGGUGCCUAAGGAGCUAAAGGGAAUGGACAUGAGCUUGUUGGAGGUGAAGCAUGGGUUACUUCAAAUUUCUGAAUCCUUGGACUUUCUCCAUAACAAUGCUCGUCUUGUUCAUCGGGCUAUAUCACCUGAGAAUGUCCUAAUUACUUCAAGUGGAGCUUGGAAGCUUGGUGGAUUUAGUUUUGCUAUUGCGGUGGAUCAAUCAGGCGAUUCGGCUAAUGUACAAGUCUUCCAUUUUGCUGAAUAUGAUGUUGAGGAUUCUGUAUUGCCACUUCAACCAUCUCUUAAUUACACUGCACCUGAACUGGUCCGUAGCAAAGCAUCUUCAGCUGGAUCUGCUUCAGAUAUUUUUAGUUUUGCAUGCCUUGCCUAUCACUUAAUUGCUCGAAAGCCUUUGUUCGACUGCCACAACAAUGUCAAGAUGUACAUGAAUACCCUGAAUUAUUUAUCAAAUGACGCUUUCUCCUCGAUACCUUCGGAACUGGUACCUGACUUACAAAGGAUGCUCUCAGUGAAUGAAUCUUUCAGGCCCACGGCAAUGGACUUUACGGGAUCUUCAUUUUUCCGCAAUGACACUAGAUUGCGUGCUCUCCGCUUCCUCGACCACAUGCUUGAAAGAGAUAAUAUGCAGAAGUCUGAAUUCUUAAAAGCAUUAUCAGAUAUGUGGAAAGAUUUUGAUUCCCGUGUAUUGCGGUAUAAGGUACUUCCACCUCUUUGUGCAGAACUAAGGAAUUUGGUAAUGCAACCUAUGAUUCUGCCCAUGGUUUUAACAAUAGCAGAAUCUCAGGAUAAAAAUGACUUUGAGCUAAUAACAUUGCCAGCUCUUGUUCCUGUCUUGAGUACUGCUGCUGGUGAUACACUACUACUACUUGUAAAGCAUGCGGAGCUUAUUAUUAACAAGACAAGUUCAGAGCAACUAGUGUCUUCUAUGCUCCCUUUGCUGGUUCGGGCUUACGAUGAUAAUGAUCCCCGCAUACAAGAGGAAGUUCUAAAAAGAUCUGUAUCCCUUGCUAAGCAACUUGAUGGCCAGGUAAUUUCCUGUUGCUUUCUUAUGCAUUUCUUUCCCAAUCAUAUGAAGCCCUUUGUUGAUUUAGCUGGUGGUCUCCACUUGGAAAUCUGGGAAUCAAACCCUUGGGGUUGCAACUCAAUUCUCAAGCAGUAUGGAGUUGAAUUUGUAGCAGAGCAUGUCCUUCCCCAACUUGUACCUCUUCUCAAUGCCCAACAAUUGAAUGUCCAGCAAUUUGCGAAAUACAUGUCCUUUGUCAAGGAUAUCCUCAGAAAAAUAGAGGAAAACAGAGGAGUUACUGUAACUGAUUGUGGAGCUCCAGAGACAAAACAGGCUUCUUUUGCAAAUGGCCUUCAGUCUCAGGUCUCGAGCAAAACCAGUGGGACUGCAUCAAAGAGUAGCCCAGCAUGGGAUGAGGACUGGGGUCCCACAAUUAAGGGGCCUGGGGCUUUGCACCAGUCGUCUACUAAAACUUCGACUGUUCACUUUGAUUUUAGUAAUCAAUCAAGUCAAUCUACUUCCACACAGCAGCAGCUUUCCACCGUACCUGCCUUAUCUAAUCAGUCAACACCAGUGUCAUGCCCUGCAGUUGAUAUAGAAUGGCCUCCUCGAAGCUCGUAUAGUGCUUCCUCUGAGUUGAGCAAUGGCAACAAACAAUUGAAUGUAGGGACAUCACCCACUUCAAGUUUUGAUGAUUUAGAUCCUUUCGCUAAUUGGCCCCCAAGGCCUGGUAAUUCUUCAAGUGGUUCAGGAACUUUCAACAAUGGAAGUGUGGCGCUAACCAUGGCUAGCAACUCAUCAGGUUUGAGCACAAGUAUGCCAAAAAUUAUUAGUAGCUUCCAAAAUGACAGCAACGUUAAUUGGGGUUUUAACAGUGCUUCAUCUGUUCCGUUAAGACCAAAUCAAGGGGAUUCAGCUCUCAACUCCAGCAGUUUAAAUGGCGGGAGCCUUAAUCCUCAGAACUCUAUUGGAUUCUUGAAACAGAAUCAGGGGAUUUCAGCAUCAGGUUCACUAUUUAAUGAUCCGCAAUCAACAGAUCUCAAAUCUAUACUGGGUUCUAGCAAGAAUGAGCAGAUCGCACCAAAACUUGCUCCCCCUCCAUUAACAGCCGUGGGUAGAGGCAGGGGGAGAGGGAGAGGAAGCAAAUCAACGUCAAGAUCUACUCAGGCUAAACCUUCAUCUCAACAACCACCUCUCUUAGAUCUGUUAUAAUGGCAGAGUUGAAGCAAUGGAAUUCUUUGUUCUUUGUGCAACUUUGGACAUCAACGAUGCUGUACAGACUGCUGAAUUUUGUUAAAGUUGUGUGAAUUUCACAAAUUCGUCGUUCAUAUUGUUUAUGCGGAGGUACCUUGGCUCUCAGCGGGGAGAUGGAAUGUUUGGUGAUAUAGCAGUUUGGUAUAUCAGUUUUUUGUAGCUUACUUUGGAUUUUGAUAUUUGCACAUUUAUUUUUCUUAUUAGAAAAUGUAGAUCAUCUUGUUUAUUGUUUUCCUAUUAAGGUUUCUUGACAUUUUGAUCUUAAUCACAAUACUGUUAUAGUGGAUGCAAAAACAGUCCCAGUGCUUGGAUUUGGAAAAUAAUAAGGGAGAAUGAAUAUGCCUUAUUAUAGAACUAAA